AUGCCUAUUGAAGGUUCUCGUCCACAGACUGUAGUGCAACCAGCAUUAAACAAUACGACUACGGCAAGUAUAGGUCGUUUCUAUGAAAAACGACAGCAAUUAUAUGGUGCACUCGAUCAAUAUAAUAAAGCUUUGAUAUGCAAACCGGAUGAUACAGCUACUUAUAUUGAUCGUUCGCGUAUUUUCCUUAAAAUGGGUAGUAUCGACAAAGCACAAGAAGAUACCAGUAGAGCAUUAGACUUAAUCGAUGGUACAUCACAAAAUUCCAACUUAUUACUUUACUAUGUUUGUUUACAAAAAGGCGAAGUUUUAUAUGCUGAUGGAGAAUUCGAACUAGCAUUAAUGUAUUUCCAUCGUGCAAAUAAAAUCAAGCCUGCUCAACAAACCUGUCUCGAAGUAAUCUAA